UAAAACUGAUCAUUGUGCCGUGAAACUUUCAAGCGUGUAUAUCGUGCGGUUUGCCGGUUUUUCUUUCGUUCAAGUCUCGUAAAAUUGCCAUUUGACGAAUAGUUGUUGCCGUUGUUGUUGUUGUUGGGGGAGUAAAAGUGUGUGACUGUGUAAACAUUGGCUGCUCUUUGGCCUCAAAAAAAAAAAAAAAACAAAAAAAAAACAACCGUUUAUUUUGGCAGAGUGGCGUCGCCGAGCGCCAUCUAACAACACUCAUCGAUGUCAAUUUCGAAAAAUUCUGGUGAAAUUUGAAUAAGCGACGAUGUUUAGAUUUAAUCUGCCGGCUGUGCUGGCAAUCGUGCUUGGGUUGGUGAUGAGGACCCAGUCGGCGGCCUGGGAGGGGAGUGCGAAACCAAAUAUCGUUAUUAUUAUGGCUGAUGAUAUGGGCUUCGAUGAUGUCAGUUUCCGAGGUUCGAAUGAAUUUCUUACGCCCAACAUUGAUGCCUUGGCCUAUAGUGGGGUAAUUCUAAAUAAUCUCUAUACUCCCUCGAUGUGUACCCCUUCGAGGGCGGCCCUGCUGACGGGAAAAUAUCCCUUGAAUACCGGCAUGCAGCAUUAUGUCCUGGUGAAUGAUCAGCCCUGGAGUUUGCCCACCAAUGAGACAACAAUGGGUGAGGUAUUCCAAGAGAAUGGCUAUUACACUUCGUUGAUUGGAAAAUGGCAUUUGGGUAUGUCACGUAAGGCCUAUACGCCCAAAUUUCGGGGAUUCGAUCAGCAUUAUGGUUACUUGGGAGCCUAUGUGGACUACUAUGAUCAGACACUGGAACAGGGGAAUGUCAACUAUUCCCGGGGCCAUGAUUUCCGAGACAAUCUGCGACCUGUGUGUGAUCGCAACGGCACCUAUGUCACCGAUCUUUUGACAGAGGCCGCCAUUCGGCGCAUCAAACAGCAUAAUUAUCAGAGGAAACCUCUUUUCAUGUUACUCAGCCAUUUGGCUCCGCACUCGGCAAAUGAUGACGACCCUUUGCAGGCUCCUCAGUCGGAGGUAGAGAAAUUCUCCUAUAUUAAAGAUGAACGCCGUAGGAAAUAUGCCGCCAUGGUUUCAAAACUCGAUCAAAGUGUGGGCCAAGUGGUGGAGGCCUUGAGUCAUCGGGGAAUUUUGAAUAAUACCAUAUUGUUGUUUUUAUCCGACAAUGGUGGACCGACGCAGGGAAUGCAUUCCACAACGGCAUCGAAUUAUCCACUGAGGGGGCAAAAACAUUCCCCCUGGGAGGGUGGUCUACGCUCCUCAGCCGCCAUUUGGUCUACACAGCUGGAGAAGCUCGGCACCAUUUGGAAACAGAAAAUUUACAUAGGCGAUUUUCUGCCCACCUUGGCGGCAGCGGCAAAUAUACCCCUGGAUGGCCUAACCCUCGAUGGCCUUAAUCUAUGGCCCUCCCUCAAGUAUGGCUAUGAGUCGGUGGAACGGGAAAUUAUGCACAAUAUCGAUGAGAUUUUCAACUAUGAGGUCUAUGCCAAGGGUAAAUGGAAAUUUGUGAAUGGUACCACUGUGGAGGGACGUUACGAUGGUUGGCUUUCACAGCGUCCCAAUGAUAGUUCACAAAUUGAUCCAAGAUUUGAACACUACGAAGAUUUGGUCAAACAAUCACCGGUGUGGAAACAUUUGCAUGCCAUAACUGGAGAUAAACCCAUCCAGCUGUUGGAACAUCGGGAACAUGCUGUGGUGAAGUGUUUGUAUGAAGAUGCCACCCUGGGUGUUGCCUGUAAUCCCUUGGAGGCCCCAUGUCUUUUCGAUUUGGAUGUGGAUCCCUGUGAACAAAAUAAUCUGUAUGAAAAAAUGAAAAAUUCCACAAUAUUUGGGGAUAUAAUGGAACGUAUUGCAUACUUUAGGGAGCAUGCCCAUCCGAUCAAUAACAAGCCAGCUGAUUAUCGUUGUAAUCCAGCUGAUUUCAAUUAUGAAUGGACCUGGUGGGAAGAUGUGCUGGAGGGUAACGGUGGGCGGGGUGUUAAAGGGAAAUUUAGUUUUUUAGAGUUGCUAGGGCUCACAGGCCUACUUGUGGUGCUGAGGGAAGUUUUAGAUUAAGAAAAAAAAAUGUUAUUUAUU